CAAAAGCAGUAAAUCAAAUUCUAAAUCGAAAUCACACAGUCUUCUUCAAUGGCGAUAUCAAAUCGCGGUUUCAAAUCUGCACUAAUCGUAUUCUCAGUCCUCUUUUCCGCUUAUUUAUGUGUAAUUUGUACUGCGAAAGAGGAAGCAACAGCAUCAAAAUUAGGAACAGUAAUUGGUAUUGAUCUUGGUACAACCUAUUCCUGUGUUGGUGUUUACAAAAACGGACAUGUUGAAAUCAUAGCUAAUGACCAGGGUAAUCGUAUUACUCCUUCAUGGGUUGCGUUUACUCCUGGUGAACGUUUGUUGGGUGAGGCUGCAAAGAAUCAACAUGCAGCUAAUCCAAUGGGAACUAUCUUUGACAUCAAGAGACUUAUCGGAAGAAAGUUUGAUGAUAAAGAGGUACAGAGAGAUAUGAAACUCUUACCAUACAAGAUUGUCAACAAGGAAGGAAAGCCAUAUGUUGAUGUUAAACUUAAGGAUGGUGAGACUAAGGUUUUCAGUCCUGAGGAAAUUAGUGCUAUGAUUCUGACCAAGAUGAAGGAAACAGCUGAAGCAUUCUUAGGAAAAAAGGUUAAGGAUGCCGUCAUUACUGUUCCCGCAUACUUCAAUGAUGCUCAGAGACAGGCUACCAAGGAUGCUGGUGUGAUUGCUGGAUUAAAUGUAGCAAGAAUCAUCAACGAGCCUACCGCAGCAGCUAUCGCUUAUGGUUUGGACAAAAAGACUGGAGAGAAGAACAUCCUUGUUUUUGAUCUUGGUGGUGGUACUUUUGAUGUCAGUAUCUUGACUAUUGAUAAUGGAGUUUUCGAGGUUCUUUCAACCAACGGAGACACUCAUUUGGGAGGUGAGGACUUUGACCACAGAGUCAUGGACUACUUCAUUAAAUUGAUCAAGAAGAAGCAUGGAAAGGACAUCAGCAAGGACAACAGGGCUCUUGGAAAGCUUAGGAGGGAGUGUGAACGUGCUAAGAGAGCUUUGAGUAACCAACAUCAAGUCCGUGUCGAGAUUGAAUCUCUAUACGACGGUUUGGAUUUCUCUGAGCCACUUACCCGUGCUCGUUUCGAAGAAUUGAACAAUGAUUUAUUCAAGAAGACCAUGGGACCAGUGAAGAAAGCUAUGGCUGAUGCUGGACUAGAGAAGAAGCAAAUUGAUGAGAUUGUACUUGUUGGUGGAAGUACCAGGAUUCCCAAGGUUCAAGAGCUCCUUAAGGAAUACUUUGACGGCAAAGAACCCAGCAAAGGUGUCAACCCAGAUGAGGCUGUUGCUUAUGGUGCUGCUGUACAAGGAGGUAUCUUGAGCGGAGAGGGUGGUGAUGAAACCAAAGAUAUUCUUCUAUUGGAUGUCGCCCCACUUACUCUUGGUAUUGAGACUGUUGGAGGUGUGAUGACCAAGUUGAUCCCAAGAAACACAGUUAUCCCAACCAAGAAAUCUCAAGUUUUUACCACUUACCAGGAUCAGCAGACCACUGUCUCUAUUCAGGUUUUCGAAGGUGAAAGGAGUCUUACAAAGGACUGCAGGGAGCUUGGAAAGUUUGAUCUUUCUGGACUUGCUCCAGCUCCAAGGGGAACCCCUCAGAUUGAAGUCACUUUUGAAGUUGACGCCAAUGGUAUUUUGAACGUGAAAGCUGAGGACAAGGCAAGUGGAAGGGCAGAGAAGAUCACUAUCACCAAUGAGAAGGGUCGUUUGAGCCAGGAGGAGAUUGACCGUAUGGUUAAAGAGGCAGAGGAUUUCGCCGAGGAAGACAAGAAGGUCAAGGAAAAGAUUGAUGCCAGAAACAGCAUGGAGAGUUACGUCUACAACAUGAAGACUCAGAUCAAUGACAAGGACAAGCUUGCAGACAAGCUAGAGUCUGAUGAGAAAGAGAAGAUUGAGGCAGCAGUAAAGGAGGCCCUGGAAUGGCUUGAUGAGAACCAGUCUGCCGAGAAGGAAGACUAUGAUGAGAAACUCAAGGAAGUCGAAGCCGUUUGCAACCCAAUUAUCACCGCUGUCUACCAAAGAUCUGGUGGAGCUCCUGGUGCUGGAUCAACCGAUGAUGCAGAAGACAACGAAGACCAUGAUGAGCUUUAGAAAAUUUAUCUUCCUCUCUUCUCUUUUGUUUUGUUGAUUGAAAAAUGACAAGCCAUCUAGUAUAAGAAGUGCUAUAGGUGAAGAAGAUGACUAGGGAUAGAGAAUCAAAUUCCUUGUUAACACCAGGAAGGAAGAUUCGAGAAUCAAUUUUUUUGACUUGUGUAAUUGUUUUUUCUCUGCUACUGUUACAUAAAGUAAACACUUAUGAAGUUCAUUUUUGUUAGUUUUACUACCA